GCUCGGCUCAGCGCUGCCCCGCCGAGCACAGACCGCCGCGCCGCUCCGCUCCGCACCGCGUCCUCGGGUCGACGCCGCUUCGCUCGCGGCACGCUCUCCGCGACGAGUCAACGCGACUGGGACGUCCACGACGACGACGACGACCUCAACCGACCUCUGCGGCGACGAGUCGGCCAUGGACGCGGACAGCCGCGACUCCUCCGAGCUCAGCGCCACCGAGCUGGACCCCCGGGCGUCGUCGGCCGGGUCGUCGGCCGCGUCCGCCAGGUCCGCGAGCUCCCCCGCCGGCGAGGACGACCGGCCGCGGAAGGACGCCGACGACUACUCGGAGGACGAUGACCAGGAGCAGGAGGUGGACGUCCGUGGAGGCACGCCACCGCAGCCCUUGCAGCAGCAGCAGCAGCAGCAGCCGCAGCAGCUGCCCCAGAGGUCGCCGCUGCCGCCGCUGUCGCACGUCCGGGCCGAGCUCGCCGACAUGAUCAUGCAGAGGCAUCACCAGCACCCCGCCAUGCACCACCAUCCCCUGCUGCACCCGCACCUGCAGCUGCACCACCGACCGCCCUUCCCGCUCCUCCCGAAGAACAACAACAACAAUAACAUCAACAACAACCACCUCAAGAUCCCGACCAGCUCGCAGCCGUUGACGGGGCCGCGGCACUCUAUCGACGCCAUCCUGGGCCUGCACAGCUCGAACAACAGCAACAGUACGCCCAACAACAACAGCAAGAGUGCCCAGCAGCAGCGGCAGACGCCGGAUUCCUGCACUGGUGGCGAGUCCGGUGGUGAGAACAGCUGCCACUCUGACGCGGCAUCUCCGUCGGAUCUCCGCUGCCGCCUGGGCCCCGGGGCGGACAGCGAGGACGAGCACGACAACGCCGAUGGGGGUGGCGGCGGCGGCGGGGGCGGCGAUGGAGGCGGCGCCGGAGGAGGGGGCGGCUCCAUGUCCGACAAGAAGAAGCACCGCCGCAACAGGACCACGUUUACCACCUAUCAGCUGCACGAGCUGGAGCGGGCCUUCGAGAAGAGCCAUUAUCCGGACGUGUACUCCAGAGAGGAGCUCGCGAUGAAAGUCAACUUGCCCGAAGUCCGAGUGCAGGUGUGGUUCCAGAACCGGCGCGCCAAGUGGCGGAGGCAGGAGAAGAUGGAGGCUGCGCGGCUGGGCCUCAGCGACUACCACUCGGUGGGGCGCGUGGGCGGCUCGUCGCUCGCCCUGCCCGUCGACCCCUGGCUGUCCUCGCCGCUGCUCAACGCGCUCCCGGGCUUCCUGAGCCACCCUCAGUCCGGCUACCCGUCGUACCUCACUCCACCCGUCGUGCACCAGGACCCCACCAGCUCGUCAGGGUCCUCGGUGGGCUCGCCUCUCUCGCCACCGCCGUCUGCAGCUGGCCCUCCACCUUCGAGCCUAUCCUCGGUGCCCAACCAGGGAGGCCCGGAUCCCAGGUCGUCUUCGAUAGCUGCGCUCCGGCUCAAGGCCAAAGAGCACGUGGAGUCGCUGACCAAGGGGCUGCAGAUGGUGUGACAAACACACGACCGGGUAUCCAUAUUUUGGUAAUAAGCGCAAUAUUUAUUUUUCCGUCUGGGUUUUGUAAAAGACGGUUUGAAGACUGUGAAAACCCAACUCGGAAGUUUGUCAUCGUAGCGUGUAAGAGCUGAGCUAACAAAUAAAUGAAAACGUUUAGAAUUUUUAAAAGACGUGUAUUGUGGCUUUUCGAAAAUUGUUCGUUUUAAUUUUGAUUCUGGAAUUGGCAUGUGCUGCGUAAUGUUUCGUCCUAUUUGUCACACAUUAAUUGAAAAUGUUUCAAAAUAAAACAUUGAACUGUGUUAUGCCUCAGGACAAAAAACCAGGGCAUAUUCCUUAUCAAUUAAGUUGUUUACAACACAUAACUAGUCACUUUUUCAGGAAGCAAAUCAAUGCUUAUUAUAUUUAAUGUAUGAUGUUUAACAUUUCAUGUCUUUUGUUACAUGUUUGUUUUGCUUCGGCAUAACGUUGCAGAUGUCCUAUGUGUAAUAUAGGACGAGUAAGAUUUAUCGGAAAAAUCGUACCCAUCUGUGGUAAUUGUGAUACACCCACCCAGUUAUUUAUGUGCCAUUAGUAGCAGAACGUGAGCGAUAUUCGAUGAUGCAGUUCAUGUAAAAAAAUAGUUAUGAACCAACAACUAUCAGAACUUGUAAUGUAAUUUCAAGAAAAUCCCUUCAUAGUAAAAUGAUCUUCUUAGCAUCGCGUAAAGGUGGAAAGUACAAAAAAAGGUUCGUUGUUUAAUAACUGUCGAUAUAUAUUUGUAAUAUCUGUUGUACUGGUUAAUGUCUAUAUUUAUGUUACCAUUUAGUAAGAGAUGUGUCUGAGGACAGUCAAAUGUGAAAGACAGUGAUUUUUAUUCCAAUUUCCUGGAGUAUGUAUAGCCAAAACCUUUUAAAUCAAUAGUCAGUUAAAAAUUCCUCUUCUUCUACCACAGCACAACAUAAUGUUAAAACAAAACUGCUCCUUGUUAUUUCUUAUUUGAACUGGAAUGAUAUCUUGUUAUAAUUUGGUGGUAAGUUGACGGCACGGUUCAAGUUACAAAAAAUUGAUACGACCUAAUUUCUAAGCAUAUUUGUAUUUUCCUCGAUCCUAUCUAGGCAUCUCAACCAACUCCUCUGUGAUGUGUACAGUACGAUAUAUACUUUAAUACUAAGUUAACCUGUAUUGCAGAUUUCUAAAUUCUCUGAUGGAUGGACCUGCAUCCAUUGUGAAGUUAAUGGUGAAUCUGAAGUAAAUGGUGUGAAUCUUA